CCAAUGGAUAUUUCGGCCGGCAAAGUUUAUCUUAUGGGACCCCGAAGUCUAGGGCCGAGUUUUAAUCCCAGUCCAGCCCAAGGUGCAGCACUCAGUUGGUUCUUAUGGACUGUUGCAACUGCACUCCUGACGCAGAAACAGGCCAGUAUGAAGCAGGGUGAGAGAAAUCGCACCCUCUCUGUCUCACGGGGCACCAAAGUGGGUCCUGUCCAAAACCCGACGCACAGGGCAGCGGAAGGGAUGGGCUGGUGUGGCUUUGAGCGAACGGGGUCGGUGCAAGACCGACAAGCGGAGGCUUCUCGUCUAGAUGCCAGCCGAGCGCAGGAAAUGACAUUGCCCACAUCUCGCAAUGCAGAGCGAGGGGUGUUUCGGCCGGGAGAGGGUGUUUCUAACUGUGAGUAGGACUGGUCCCGUUUCAUAUUUCACAGAAACAGUGGAAAAGAAAAAAAAGGAAAAUUCUGGGACGUCUUUCUUCACUGUUAACUGGAUUUUAUGGAGUCUGUUUGUCUGAAAAAUGAAAAUCUCGUCAGUGGUAGCAAUUCUCCUGAUUAAAAGUUUUGCUGGAGUUGGUUGUGCAGGACUGGAUAAAUCCCGACGAACACUGUGCUCUUCACACCCGGAGGUGUGCGAGGCUCUCAAUGUCACCGUCACCCCAGGGCCGGUGGCCAGGGUCCUGGAGGGCGACAAUGUCACCCUGUCCUGUCAGGUGGCUCAGCGGAGGAGACCCGAUAGCGUCCUGGUGGUGCGCUGGCUGUUUGCCGCCUUUCCAGCCGAUGAGGAGCAGCUCAUCGUCAAGCUGAACAUGCGGAGGGCCAAGUACUACGGCAACUACACCAAGCGCUUUGCCCGGCCCAAGAUGCGCCUCUUGGAGGAGAGGCGGGAACAGGCCUAUGGCCUGCUCAUCCUCAACGUCUCCAAGGAGGACCGGGGCCACUAUGUCUGCAGGGUCCAGGAGAUCCGGCUGCACCAGAACCGCUGGAGGGCAGCGUCCAAUGGCACGGCAACUGCAGAACUGAAAGUGCGCGUCCUGGCCACCACCCAGAAUCGGGAGGCCAUAUGGCAACUGUUUGAAGACGUGUACCUGUGUGUGGUGCUCAUCUGCUCCGUUGGACUCGUCUGCAUGUGCCUGUUUACUGUGGUCAUCACCUGCCAGUACCUGCAGAGGAGGCGGAGCUCCAGAGCAAGUUAUUAUCUGGUGAAGUGUCCUCAGAACAGCUCUGGGGAGACGGUCACCAGUGUCAUCAGCCUGUCCCCUCCCAUGCCCAAGAAGGAGAAAAAGCACUUGGACAAGAAGGGUGUAGAAGCCGCAGAGAUUCCACCGGCCAUACCAGCCAAAGACAAAACACGGGGCUCCAAACUUCUGAAGCCCCAGCCAAGAAAAGUGGCUCUGCCCAAGAUCGUGGAGGAGAGCCUGAUGUAUGCUGAGCUGGAGCUGGUGAAGCCACUGCCUGAGAGCAAAUCGGCGUGCUCAGGCACGGUCUACGCUCAGAUAGUGUUUGACGAGAGACCGAUGUAGAACCGCCCUCUUCCUGUUUGCAAAUCACUAUUUAUAAAUGUAUAUUUGUCUCAUUCUAUGUGGUAUUUUUAUGCUUCUAGCUGACUUUUUGGACGAAUGUGAAUGUGAAUUCAGUGAAUACAUCCUUAUGACAUUUUGUACAAAGGCAAUUUGUUACACCGUACUUAAAUGUAUUUUUUUAAUUUGUAAUCAGGCCAGAAUUUGGUUUGCAUUUAAUUGUUUGCAUGUAUGCAUUGCAGGUCACUGCAGAUGAUCAUAUUUUUACUGUUUUAAUUAAUGAUUGAAUACUGAUUUGAUUAAUUGAUGAAUUUGUCAGCUUCCUUGCAUGCAUCUAGCUCUGUGGUGUAAUGACUCUUUGCAUGUUAAUGCAAAUAACGAGAUAUGUCAGAUAGCCAUUGUGAGGUAAUGAAUAAUGAAAAUGAAUGAAAGAUCACA